AUGUCCCGGGCGCCUCUGCCUCGAUUCUCCACUUUGGUCCCUCUGCGUAUACGCCUUCCAAGCUACCUUUCGCACAAUGCCACCCAGCCAUCGGCUCCACUGACGAGCUUCGUGUCCCACACCGAGCAGAGUGAUGCCACUCGCCCAUGGCUUAUCCCACUGAUUGCGAGCUUGGGGGAACUCGAGCGCCUUUCUACAGGCGAUGCAACGGAUGGACACGAGUGGGCGGCGCUGCUGGAUGAUCUAGACACCACCGACCUCCAAUAUCUCCCCGCUGACGGCCAAAUUCAUCUUCUGGACAAGGAGAUUGCGAGUCUGACUCUCGAGCUCGAAUCGGCCAAGAAGAAGCGACGUGCUCCGAACGAGGCAGACCCAUCAAUGCAAGGAGGAGCAACGCCUCGAGACCAUGAACCUGUUGGACCCUUGAGGAGUUCCGUGGUCGAGCAAGAUGGCAAGCGAUGGCGCAUUGUCAAGCACAAAGAAGUCGACGAUCAGGGCGAUGUGCAGUGGGUGGAGAUGAGCAAGACCGACAUGCCAGAGAGCAACGCGGGACCGACUCCAGCAGCCCCCACUGGAGCCAUAGGCACCACGGAGGCGACCACAAGGUACGGAGAAGUUCGCAAGCUUCGAACGCUCUUCGCAGCCAUCGACAAGGACGAUCGGCACGUCCUCGAUGCACUCCGCAAGAUUGCUACAGCAGAGCCGACAAUUAAACGUGACGACAUAAACGACCGAGCUGGAUCAUAUAGCUCACAACAACUGUCUAUGGACGAACUGGCGCAACUUCUUUGCGAAUGUGGCACCAAGGAUCCAGAUCACAGUUUCCGUAGCAGCUUCGUCCGCGAGGUAGCCAACGUUGUCCAAUCUCCAGAGCUUCGAGACCAAGCAAUGUUGCGGGUACUACCCGCAAGCGAACGUCUCACUAUUGUGGAUACGGCGGACCAACUAGAGAAGCAUUGCGCAGGCUGUCUGUGGGCGGUUGAGGGACUUCAAGAGCCGGAUCUCUGUCUGAAGGCAGACGGCGGCACGGCGGACAGCACAGAGCCAUGUUUCCUAUGUGUACUGUCUGGGGCGACUGUAUGCCGCGUGCUUUGCGGCAAUUGCAGCGACUUUGUUGCUGAUGUCGGAGGCGGCCCACCGGAUGGCUGUCUAGACUGUGACUUUCGCAAUUGCAGCGCGGCUCAGGUAGAUGAUUUGGACGAGAUGGAUGUGAAUGAUGACCUCACAGGCUUGGCUAGCAGCAAGCAGCCUUUCCCAAGCACAGACCCACUACGAACCGAUGCAAUGCCCAAAGCUAUCGCUGCUACAGUUGGAGGCAAGUAUAAGUACGCCGCUGGGCUCUUGACGAUUUGCACACGAGAGUGGAUCGACUUCCAUGUCUCGGUAAACAUUCGUCUUUACGAGAAAGUCGACCAGCAAAACAAGCAGCAGGUCCAGGUCCAAAUCUCGAAGCUUUACAGCACCUUGCUUAGCUUGUACGAGCAAACUUCACGACAGAAUGUGUGGAACGCAGCCGUGGAGCUCCGCCUCCAAGCGGCAGAGCGUGGCAUCAAUGUGGCGGAGUAUGCUGGCCGGCCAAUGGAGACGAUCCGACACCAAGAUGCCCCCGAAGAACACGAAUUCCAAGUCAGCCGUCGAUUUCCCGCCUGGCAAGACUUGCAAGAGCACUGUGUAUAG